CACACAAAAUCCAACAAGCAUGGGUAGCAGGGUCACCCUUGUGCCAUGCUUCUUAAAGGGCGCCGUUACAAUAGGUUUACUGUUACUCUGACAGCGGUCGAGAGACAAUAGGAGCGAAUGCGGCGGCCUCUUGCCUCUCUGUUUCUCCCUAACUUUUCCUUCAUGGCAAAGAGGACAGACUGAGACCGGACAGCAUGUUAUCAGAGGAUGGCCCUGAAGUAACCUGCCGGACUGAUGGGGUUUCUACUGCUGAGCCUGAUCCUGCGGUACUGGAUCCACACCGUGGAGGGAUCCUGCUCAGAAGGCAGUGUGGUGACCUGUGAUGACUGUCUGCAGCUCAGUGCUAACUGUGCCUGGUGCACAGAGGAGAAUUUCACCGACUGGUUUUCAGUCUCACAAAGAUGUGACACCCUGAAUAUUUUGUUGGAAAAGGGAUGCGACAGAGCCCACAUCUAUUUACCCGUUUCCGAAGCCCAAAUUCUUCAAGAUCGACCUCUAGAGAAGAAGCCAGCUGCUGGAAACCAGACUCAAAUCUCCCCACAAAAAAUGUCCCUGAAGCUGCGACCUGGCAGUGAGGUGACUUUCCAAGUAAAAAUAAAGCACACUGAAGAUUAUCCGGUGGACAUCUACUACCUGAUGGACCUGUCUGCAUCCAUGUUUGAUGACCUAGGGAUGAUCAAGAACUUGGGUUCUACUCUGUCUAAAGAAAUGGCCAAACUUACCAGUAAAUUCCGGAUGGGUUUUGGAUCAUUUGUGGACAAGCCUGUCCUUCCCUUCAUCCAGAUCACUGAGAAACAGCUGGCAAACCCUUGCAGCCACACAAGCAUGAUUUGCCAGCCAACGUUUGGCUACAAACACGUUUUGCCUCUGACAAGCAGAACUGACAAGUUCAACGAGAUCAUUGCAAAGCAAAAAGUGUCUGCAAAUCUUGAUCUGUUGGAGGGUGGAUUUGAUGCAAUAAUGCAAGCAACAGUUUGCGGGGACAAGAUCGGCUGGAGGAAUGAUUCGAUGCGUCUGCUGGUUUUUGUCAGUGGUGCCGACUCACACUUUGGGAUGGAUAGUAGGAUGGCUGGAAUUGUGAUUCCCAAUGAUGGCCAGUGUCACCUGGAUGCAAACAAUGAUUAUUACAUGUCUACAUUGCAGGAGUAUCCAACUCUCGGUCAGCUGAUUGAAAAAGUAGUGGAAAACAACAUCCUGUUAAUAUUUGCUGUGACAGAGGAACAGAUAAACAACUAUAAGAAUUAUGCAGAUCUCAUACCUGGCGCCACAGUCGGAGUUCUGGCAAAGGAUUCAGGGAAUGUCCUGGAACUGAUUGUGUCGGCGUACAAAGAACUACGAUCUGAGAUUGAGCUGGAAGCUCUUGGAGACACAGAGGAGCUGCACAUAUCCUUCACAGCUAUCUGUCCCAACGGGACGGCCUUUCCUGACGUGAAAUACUGUUCCAACAUCAAACCUGGAGAGACGGUGGUCUUCAACGUGUCAGUGGAGCUUCCAGGGUGCCUGUCAGGACUGCGACACUUCUCUCUCAAGGCGGUGGGCCUCCAGGACAGCUUAGAGGUGGAACUGGACUCUCUUUGUUCGUGUGACUGCCAGCAGCCUCCGACAGCAAACAGCAGCCAGUGCACUGAGGGCCAAGGAGUUUCCCAGUGUGGCGUGUGCGUCUGCCAGCCAGGCUUCCUUGGAGCUCAAUGCGAAUGCAAUGAGGAGACUGCUUUGUUGAGCGACUGCCACGCAACCAAUGACUCAGAGAAGUGCAAUGGUCAGGGGGACUGUUAUUGUGGCCAGUGUGUGUGUCACAAAUCCAGCUUUGGCCGCAUCUAUGGGGCUUACUGUGAGUGUGACAAUUACUCCUGUGUUCGUUUCCGGGGAGAGCUCUGUGGAGGUCAUGGUGUGUGUGACUGCGGGGAGUGUCACUGUGAAAGCGGAUGGACGGGGGAUUACUGCAACUGCAGCACAGAAACUGAGGAAUGCAAGUCUGAGGACGGCGACCUCUGCAGCGGCAGGGGGAAAUGCAGCUGUGGGAAGUGUGUUUGCACCGUUCCUGGAGCAUCCGGGGACAAGUGUGAGAAAUGCCCAACAUGUGAAGAAGCGUGCUCCUCUGCAAGGACCUGUGUGGAGUGCCACCUUCAAGACAACGAGGAACCUGCUUCAUGCGAGCAGGAGUGCAGCCGAGCUAAAAUCUUGGUCAACUUGACAUCAGAUAAAGAUUAUUACAAGAGCCCGUCUAUGCAGUGCACUCUGAAGAUGGAAAGUGAGUGCUGGGUCUCUUUUAGUGGGGUGGAGGAUGAGACGGGAGUCAUUGCUUACAAUCUUCAUAAAUACGGAUGCCCGGAGGCCCCCAACAUCCCCAUGAUCAUUCUGGGGGUGUCCCUUUCCGUUGUGUGCAUCGGCCUCAUCCUGCUGGCUGUGUGGAAGGUGCUGAUUUCAGUCCACGACAAGAAGGAGGUGGCCAAGUUUGAGGCAGAAAAGGCUAAAGCAAAAUGGCAAACGGGAACCAAUCCUCUCUUCAAAAGCUCAACAUCUACAUUUAAAAAUGUAACCUACAAGGACUUACAUAGAGGAUUAUAACAAUGAUUCCGUACUGGUGAUAAACUGGAACCAGUGAAAGCAUCACUUAGGUACGCCUCUGUGUGUGUGUGUGUGUGUGGAUGAAUGCGUCUGUGUGCUCGCAUGUGUGUGCGUGCAUGUGUGGGAGACAGAAAUGUGUAAACUCAGAGAUGCUAUGACCCAGCAGUCUUUCACUGUCAGUGUUGUGUUGUGAAUCACUGAACAACACAAUGGAAUCAUUUGGCACAGUUGUUUGUGUACUUGGGGUACUGCUUGAGGCGAUGUUCAACUACUGAAAGAUCAUUUCUUAUUUUGUUCAGACAAAUGUAAAUAUUCUGGUUUAAUAUAUUGUUUGUUGUUCUAAUGAGACAGGCUGAGCCUUGAAUGUAAAUAUUUGUUGUUUUUUUGUUGUUUUUUAGUCUCAGAAGGCGCACAAAUAAAGAUUUUAACUACUGUGAAA